UGUCCGCUCGCUCUCUCACUGGCGGCGCCCAGGCCCGAGGCCAAGCCGGUGAACAACGCGGAGGUCGCGGGGGCCAAGAUGCUGAGGGCGGCGCGGAGGGCGCUCCUGUGGGGCCGAAUUCAGGCCCCGGCCCUGGCCUGCGGGCCGACGGCCAGAGCAGUCGCGGGGCCUCCGUGCGCCCUGCGACCUCUGGGAAAUGGUCUCCUCCUGCAGGCAGCCCGAGCCUAUGCAGACCAGAAAGCAGCAACUCAGUCUAGCCAGAUGGAUGACCUGCCCUCCUCCAUGCUGCUGAAAGAUUAUCAGAACGUCCCAGGAAUUGACAGGGUUGAUGAUGUUGUGAAAAGACUCUUGUCCCUGGAAAUGGCCAACCAGAAGGAGAAAAUGAAGAUAAAGACUGAGCAGCUGCUAAACAAGAUCACAGAAAACCCAGAAGAUACCACAUCUUUAGAAGCUCGAGUUAUACGAUUGACGGUCAAGAUCAGAAACUAUGAAGAACACAUGCAGAAGCAUCACAAGGACAAGGCUCACAAGCGAUUCCUCCUUAUGACCAUUGACCAGAGAAAAAAGGUACUCAAAAAGCUUCGGCAGACCAACUUUGAGGUGUUUGAGAAGACGUGUAAAGAGCUGGGUAUUGAGUACACAUUUCCCCCUCUGUACUACCGGCCCAAGCACCGACGGUGGAUGGCUAAGAAGGCUUUUUGUAUCAAAGUUUUCCAGGAGGCACAGAAGCUGAAGAAGCAAACAGCAGCACUGAAACGUGAAGGAACAAAGAGGCCAGAAAAUCAGGGAACUUCAGUUUGAUGGCCAGGCUCCAACAAUCCUGUGGCACUUUAUCCAGUCCAAAAAAUAAAUUAAGUUAAAACCCA